CGAUGAGUAGGAAGCGUGUUAGAACUGAUUCCAAUCUUCAAGCUAAGGAGUUUGACAAGAAGAGAUACACUGGCUAUUAUAAAGACGACGAUCGGAUAAGUCGGUUGCCCGACGACAUCCUCGUUCAUAUCCUGUCUUUUCUUUCGGUUGAGGAAGGUGCGCGCACGAGCGUCCUUUCGUCUCGUUGGAUCAACUUGUGGAAAUACAGCACGUGUCUCAACCUCGAUCGAUACACUGACUUCAAAAAGAUUCGUCGUAAACAUCCCACAACUGGGGACAUGUUAGUCGACAACGAGAGACGCAAUUACGUGACCUGGGUGAACCGAAUCCUCCGAUCGCACAAAGCCCCCACGUUGAAACAAUUCAGGAUCAGUUUCGGUUUAAACAGAAAACACAGAAAAUCAAUCACUCGGUGGCUUGAAUUCGCACUUUCCCGACAAGUUCAGAGGUUGGAGUUGGACCUUAUAUAUUAUAACGAACCUCUCAUGUAUUAUCGUUUCCCCGACGAGCUCCUUUCUCAUACGUUUAUCAUCAACUUUAAGUCCCUCAGAGAAUUGAUUUUUAGUCAUGUCGAUGUGAGCGACGGAGCCAUCGAGUUCUUUUUGCGCAACUGUCCGUUACUCGAGAAGUUGAUCGUCUGUCACUCUACGGAGCUGUCGAAUCCUCGCGUUUGUGGUGGUGGUGGUUCGUCGCCCCUCGUGUUGAAACACUUGGAGAUAGUCUUUUGCAACGGUCUAAAAUCGCUUAAAGUUUCUGCUCCGAGUCUUACUUAUGUUAAGGCCGCGACGUACGAGGAAUUGUUCAUCGAGAAUAUGCCGAAGCUAGUUGAGCUACACAUUAAUUGUAUAGAUAACGAUGUUGCCUUGCGACGCUUAUUUACCGCACUUUCUCGCUGUCCACAAUUGGAGACUCUUAGUUUGAUGCUUCUGAGUCAAGAGGAAACGAACGAGAUCUGCAAGCUUCCUCAACUGCCUAAACUAAAAAAGUUGGAGAUACAAUACGCCGCGAGAGAUUUCGAAACUCUUAUUAGACUAGCUCGUUUGAUAAGUGCAUGCCCUGUCUUGGAAGAAUUUGUUGUAGAGUGUGGAUGGGCGUACCUUCGAAAGAAACAUACGAAAGUCGACUAUGCUGCUAUAACUCCACACCACUACCUUAAAGUCGUCAAAUUUUGUGGAUAUUAUGGUCGGCCUCGUGAUCUUGAAUUCGUCAACUACAUUUGGGAGAAAUGUGUUGUUCUUGAGAAAUUAAUUAUUGGACCGACAUGUGCAUUGGAGAUUUUUAAGGGCCCGAGAGACGUCGAACAAACUGCAAUAAAGAAAGGGAAGCGUCAGCUUGAAGCACUAGUGCCUCGACACAUUGAAUUGGUUUAUCUUUAAGUUAGAUCAUAUAGACAUUUGCAUUUUUUUUUUUUAAUUUACUUUUUUUCUUUCUGUACUAAAUAAUAUGUUGUAUUAAAAGUAAGAUAGUAGUUAAAAAUAUAUUCUUCUUUAACCCUUAAAUAAUUUAAUUUUUUAUUUUUGCCCCAAAAUAGUGUUUUCCGUUAGAUGUGAACGGACAAGUGACGGAGAGGACUGAUGUGUUUAAAGUUGAACUUUUUAGGGGUACUUUGUUCACUUUGUAAUAAUGGGGACCGAAAGUGAAAUCAAGUAAAACAUGAGGGGCGGAAAAUGUAAUUCUCCUGCGAUCAACCUAUCUAUAUAACAUCAAUAGUUGAUUUGCUAAGGUCAACUUUU